AUGACCGGCCAAUUCAAUACCUUCUCCCAAGCAUCCACAGCUCCCCUCCACUCCAAGCCCGAUCCGAAGCUGCAGACCCGCCAGUCAGUCCCGGCAACCAACCCCGCCGGCCUGGACCCCAUCGAGGCCUCCAAACAGCUCGCCGCAUAUGCCGCCGUCGACCAGCACAUCCUGCCCCACCAUCGGGUCAUCGGAAUCGGGAGUGGAUCUACCGUGCCCUACGUCGUCGAAAGAAUCGUCCAGCAGGGCCACGAAACAAACGAAUCUAGAUGGUUCAUUCCCACCGGAUUCCAGUCGAAAGAGCUGAUAGUCAAGGCGGGCUUGAACCUCGGAGAUGUCGACCAGUUCCCCCGGCUGGACAUCACCCUGGACGGGGCGGACGAGGUGGAUGCGGAUCUGAAUGCGAUCAAGGGCGGGGGGGCGUGCCAUCUGCGAGAAAAGGUGCUCGCCGAGGCCGCCGACAAGUUCAUCCUCGUCGCCGACGCCCGCAAGGACUCCGCCCUGCUCGGCACCAACUGGAGGGCCGGCGUGCCUAUCGAGGUCGUCCCCUUCGCCUGGGCCAAAGUCAUGUCCAACAUCCAGCUCAUGGGCUGUCCUCAUCCCGUACGCUCUCAUCCUUCCCUUCUCCCUCCCUCCCUCUCUCCACUCACACACACACACACACACACACAGACCCUCAGAAUGGGAAAAUCGAAAGCCGGCCCAGUCGUCACCGAUAACGGAAACUUCGUCAUCGACGCCCCGUUCGACGAGAUUUACAUGCGCGACCCCAGCGAGCUGUCGUACCGCCUGAAAAUGCUGACCGGCGUGUUAGAAGUGGGGCUGUUUUGCGGGAUGGCCCAGGAGGCGUAUUUCGGAAACUCGGACGGGACGGUGACGAUCCGGUCGAAGAACGGCAAGACCCGAAUGAUGUCCGUCGAAGAGGGCAAGACCAAGAUACAAUCCAACGGCCACCAUCCCUCUUCUAAACCGCCGAGCCACUAG